AUGGCCCUUAUCCAACCGUCAACCUCGGAGAAGACGAUCCGUAAAAUAGACAUUGCCCAGGUGUCCCUCAGCCUCCAGGACCGUCUAGGCCUCGCCAAAGUCAAAUACCAGAACGGCCGUCUACAUGCCCUUGAACCGAACCACACUGGCGGCAUCCAGGUCGCCCUGGGAAGUGACCGGCCGUCUGAUUCCUCAUCCGAGAUCUCCCACAGCCGGAGUGAGACCCCAUUGACGCCGCCGCCCUUGCCAAACUCAUCAUACUCAAAAGAGCUGCCCCGAUCGUCCCGGAAUAGACAUGCGGCAACCUUCGAUUCCAAGGUGAUGCAGCCUAUGUUGUCGGCAAGCCGGAAACGGUUGCGGUCGGAUUCGAUCACCGACCGCACGGUCAAGGCUCCCCGGGUCUCAUGGAAAAGCUCCUAUCAGCUACCGGAGUCGUCUCCGGGCUUCAACCGACAGCACACGAACCGGCAUCUCCCGCUUCCGUUCAUGGCAGAGAUUCCCGAAUACUCGUCUCCGGCAUACCCCCCGCACUCCGAGGACGACAACGACCCUGACCUCCCUGUCCACAGCUUCCAGCACGUUAGCUCCAUGACCGGUUCCUCCCCCCCUCGUACCCCUCCUCCGAAGCACGCUCGUCUAUCUCGGAACGACCGAAAUCUGCGGCAUGAGAAUGGGGCCGAUCUGCUUCUGUACCUAGCCAAUUCCCCCACGCCCGCCAAGGUCACGACCAAACCCCCCGCGCGAGACUUCCCACCCUCGACCCCCCCUAGCCAGCAUGCUGCUCUACCAUCACUGACCCCGACCCCUGGCGGCGGCGGCGUGUUCCCCAACUUCGGCACUCCGAACCAACAGUUCAAUUUUGCAGAUUUCGUGAACGUGACGCCCAGUCCAGCCCAGCCAGCUUGGGGUGGUCGCACGCCUGGAGGGCCCUCAAGAACGCCCCUUGCCAACAAGGAGCGAAAGAGGUCCAACCUCGACGGCCUGCUGCCCCCGAGUACGGACAGCCCCGGACUCCGCGAUAAGUUGCCCACCAGGGUGCUCCAACUCGGUGAAGAACUGCGGCCCGAAAACCGUAAAUGA